UGUCAGGACACCCUGGAGGAGUGAGCCAGUCAGUGUCCAGAGAGCCGUUGUGUCGCACCCUUCGCCUCGCUAGUCGCUACGCACACAUGCGCACACGUAGUUUCGGAGCAGCCAGCCGGGGCAGUGCAGCACCUCGGCUUCCCUCACACACCACGCACGGAACGCCGCACUCUCUCCCCCGCCACUCCCUCACAGGGGCACAGCAGCGGGCCCUCUCACAGCACCAGACAACGCGUCCGUGCAGCCCAGCUUGAACUGAAGGAGUGCCCCGCCCCCUGCCCGCGGCCACCCAGAGCCAGGCAGCCGCACCAUGGAGGUUCUGGCCACCUCCAGCAUGGUGCUGAAGGACAAGAACGCCCCCAAGCUGUUCUUCGACAACCCCAUGCACAAUGAGGCGGGUGCGACGCAGCCCUCCGACAAGCAGGAGGACAAGAAGGAUCUGCGGGGCGCCAAGAGUGUCAGUAUGAAGGACAGAUCCUCCCGCGAGUUAGAGAAACGCCUCAGCCACGGCAACGAGCUCUCCUACAUGUUCAAGGGCGAGCCGCGGCCCCCCUCUGUCAAGCUGUCCCCGGAGGUUGACCUUGAGGACCACAUCAUCGAAAACAUCCGCAACAGAGGCUUCUGGUCCAGACAGUCACGCAGAAGCACAAUUUCCAAGCGGCGAAUAUCCUCCCUCAAAGCCUGCCGUGUGUCCACCCAGGACCCCGCCACACUCCAGGCCAACACCGCCCCGCCAACCAACCUCAAAGACCCCUUCCUCUUUCCCGAGGCGCCCGAACCCGAUCACCCCGAUCACCUGUCGGCGGAUGGGGCGGGGAAGGAGCAGGAUGGGGUCGCCAUUGACUCUGCCAUGAUGCUGGAGGUGCAGCAGGAGGCGCGGCUCAGGGAGAAUGUCAUCUGGAUGAAGAAUUAUCUGACGCGGGUGUCGGAGAGUGACGGAGGAACCUUCACUCAGCCAGCAUUCCGCGCCGCCCUGAGCAACAAGGAGUUUCUGACCCGUCUAUUCUCGCUGUGGGACGUGGAAGGGGAAGGGGCGCUGCUGCAGGAGGACUGGAUCGAGGCGCUCAGGUGCUCCACGGAAGAGAAGGAGGUGGGGGCGCGGGAGUGGGUGGAGCUGCUGGAAGUCCUCGCCUAUGUGGUGUGCGGGGAGGAAGGUGAAGUUACAGAGGACAUCUUCACCACUAUCUUGACGUCGAGGGGGGUGCUGGAGAAGCUGUUUCGCCUGGUGAACAAGGAUGGUGACGGCGCGGUAACCAAACACGAGAUUAUGGACUUUAUUGCAAACCUCACCUAUGCACGCCCUCGCACCGGGUUCACGCGGGAGAACCUGGAAUGGCUGGAGCAGAUGUUCCGGCAGGCGCUGGGACACAAACAGGAACUCUCCUUCGACGACUUCAAGAAGAUUGUGCACUCCAGAAACUCCUUCUUCGCCGAGAGGGUGUUCCAGAUCUUCGACAGGGACAACAGCGGCACGGUCUCCCUGUCUGAGUUCCUGGACGCCAUGCACCAGUUCGCAGGGAAGUCUCCAAACGACAAGAUCAAGUUCCUCUUCCGCGUGUACGACCUCGAUGGCGAUGGACUCAUACAACAGAGUGAGCUGCAGAAGGUGAUGAAGGCGUGCAUGGAAGAAAACGGAAUGAAGUUUAGCGAUGAGCAGAUUCAGGACCUCACGCUGGCGAUGUUUGAGGACGCGGACACUCAGAACACGGGCGCAAUCACCUACGAGUCCCUGAAGGCGCAGCUGGAGAAACACGACGGUCUUAUUGAGAAUCUUUCCAUCAGCAUUGAUCGGUGGCUCGUCCCCCCUAACAUGCGGAAGGAGGAGGACACAUUUUGGAAGAAGGUGACCAAGCUAAUCCCUUACCAGAUGAGCCUGCCUUACCUCAAGAACAACUACGUCUACCUGUCCUUCCUGCUCGCCUACAUCGCUAUCAACCUCGGCCUCUUCAUCUCCCGCGGCCUGGAACACUACAACCUCGGCAGUAAUGGGCUCACUAUAGCUGCCAGGGCUUGUGGUCAAUGCCUAAACUUCAACUGCAUGUUUGUGUGUGUGUUGGUGCUUCGUGAGUGCAUCACCUACCUGCGGUCCAUGGGCGGCGCUUCCUUCCUGCCGCUGGACCAACACCUGUACCUGCACAAACUCUGCGGCAUUCUCAUCUUCAUCUACUCCGUCGUGCACACCAUUGCUCACCUCAUCAACUUCGCUGUGAACAUCGUCCCCGCCACUGGGCCAGGACAGGUGAACGAGGAAGGCUGGACAUACACCGAAUGGAUCCUCACCAUGCGGCCUGGUUUGUUCGGCUUGGUGUCCGGCAUUGCCAACCCUACCGGCGUGGCCCUCAUGGUGAUUCUGACGGUGAUGGUGGUGUGCUCCCUUCCCUUCGUCAGGAAAUCUGGCUACUUUGAGGUGUUUUACUGGACGCACCUGCUGUACAUCGCCUUCUGGGCCCUCUGCAUCCUCCACGGGCCGCAUUUUUGGAAGUGGUUCGUGAUCCCCGGCGUGGUGUUCCUCAUUGAGCGAAUCCACCGUAGCGUUAAGAUGAGGAUGGGCAGCGGCAAGACUUACAUAAGCUCCGGGGUGUUGCUACCGUCCAAGGUGAUCCAUCUGGUAAUAAGAAGGCCCCCCCAGUUCCACUUCCACCCCGGUGACUACGUGUUCAUCAACAUUCCCGUUAUUGCCAACUACGAGUGGCAUCCUUUCACCAUCUCCUCCGCCCCAGAGCAGGAAGACGUGCUAUGGCUCCACAUCCGGGCGGUGGGGCAGUGGACUCGGCGCCUCUAUGAUUACUUCGAGAGGGAGCAGCAGCGGUGUCAGUCUGAGAACCUUCCCAACAGACCCUUGCCCGCUGCUCUCACGCUCCCCGAUGGCACCAAAGCAGUGGCCACGGUGAUUGGUGAUGGCCGCAGCGGGUGUUUCCUCUCCGCCCCCACCAACCCCAACACCCAGGUCACGCCCGCAGACUCCAACCACGCCCGCGGCGUUGGAGGGGAGAACGGCGUGGCUAACCUGGCCUACGAGCAUGACAUCAGCAGUAGCAAGGCGUCAGAGGGCGAAGAUGUGACAGACGCCCCCGUAGCGGCCACCCGAAGGAAGAGACGAGUGAACAAGAGCAGCUCUGAAGGGGAUGCCAUUAUUGCUAAGAAGGAGGAGGAUACAGAGCACCGCGAGGCUUCUAGGUCGUCGUCGGAAGCGGAGGCGAUGGAGGAGGCGCAGCAACAGAGCCUGGGAUGCAACGCCCUCUACCUGCGGUCACGAAGCUCUCAGGCCACCAGCUUUAAGUACAUGCGCCGGAAGCCCCGGGUCAUCACUCUGGACCUUCCUUCUGAAUCUGACUCCGGGGACGAUGGCGGGGCGGACAGAGAGGAGCGGGAGGACGAAGAGGAGGAGGGGGAAGCGAUGCAGCAAGGGCAGGUGGGGAAGGACCUGAGGCUCACCAUUAAGGAGGACUCAGGGCAGGACGUUAAGAGUGAAGACCUGUCCGUGUUGGAGGAGGGACGUAUGCGCCGCAAAUCCCUGGAGGAGAGAAGGAGGUCCCGGCAAGAGGAGAGGAGAAGGUCAAGGCAGGAGGAGAGGAAGAUGAGGAAGCUGAGCCGGCUGGAGGAGGCCAUGGCGGAGGGCGGGUGUGUGGUGGGGAAGCCCUUGGUGGUGUACAUGGAUGGGCCCUUCGGAGCGCCUUCCAGCCACAUCUUCCGCGCCCAACACGCCGUCCUUAUCGCCACGGGGAUAGGAGUCACACCCUUCGCCUCCAUCCUGCAGUCCAUCAUGCACAAGUACUGGAAGGUCCGCCACGCCUGCCCGCGCUGCGCACACACCUGGACCAGCGACCUGCCACAGUCCGUCAUGAAUCUGCGCAAGGUUGACUUCUUUUGGAUCAACCGUGACCAGCGUUCCUUCGAGUGGUUCGUGAAUUUGUUGUCCCAGCUGGAGAUCGAGCAGGCGGAGCAGGGCGGCGUGCUGGACCGGUUCCUUGAUAUGCACAUGUACAUCACCUCGGCCCUGCAGAAGACUGACAUGAAGGCUGUGGGUCUGCAACUCGCUCUUGACCUGCUGCAUGAAAAGGAGAAGCGGGACCUCAUCACGGGCCUCAAGACACGGACCAACGCUGGCAGACCAAACUGGGACAAGGUGUUUAUGCAACUCGCCAAGCAGCAGAAGGGGAAAAUUACUGUGUUUUACUGCGGCCCACCUGCUCUUGGACGGACCCUGCGGUAUAAAUGUGAUGAAUAUGGCUUUGAGUUCCGCAAGGAGAUAUUUUAGUACCGUGAGAGAGUGAGUGUGUGUCUGCGUGUACGUGUGUGUUUGUGUGUGUCUGUAUAUAUGAUAGUUUGAAGAGUUUAUAUGAGUGUUAUGCAUUUCUAGUGGAUGCUUAAACGUUGAUCUAUAUAUUGAUGUCACGUGGUAUUCUAGUACCGUGAGAGAGUGAGUGUGUGUCUGUGUGUACGUGUGUGUAUGUGUGUGUCUGUAUAUAUGAUAGUUUGAAGAGUUUAUAUGAGUGUUAUGCAUUUCUAGUGGAUGCUUAAACGUUGAUUUAUAUAUUGAUGUCACGUGGUUACCCUGAGUGUCUUCCAAACCGUGGAGGACUAACGAGGCAGAGGGAACGAGGCGGUUAGAAAGGUAUGGUGCUUAUUUUCUCUCUUAACUACCUCGUCUGCCUUACCACGUGUGUUUAAUGAGCUAGUUAAUGGUGUGGAAUUUGUACUUUUUUAUAGAAUGUGUCCUUAUGCAUAUAUCGAAGUCUAUUUUUCUACUGCACGGUGCCUUGUUUUCAUCAUUCUUUCCUACAAUCCCUUGCUUUUAUAAGAAUGUCGUUUUACAAGUUUUGAAUUUCUUUUUUCUCUUUCCUUUUUUACUCCGUUCGUGUUGGCUUUUGAUUUUACGUGUUUUUAUUUGCUAUUUUUUGUUUCUUUCUUCAUUUUUUUUUUUUUUUCAUCAGUUUGAUUGUAUAAGCUGGUGUACUAGUUUAGUUUCAAAAUUUCUUUCAUGGUAGUCUUUUAAUGUUUAGUGUUUCUUUAUCUAUUUUAUCUUUAUUUAUCUUUUUUUAGUUUUUUUUCUCACCUAUUUCAUUACAGACAUUAUUGUAAUGCUUUAGUUUCAAAUUUUCCUUACCGACAAGUUCUUUUCUACUCUCAUAUUCAGCGUUCCAUCAGUCGCUUGCUUUCUAAGGCCAGAUUAUUGGACAAAACUCACUUGUACUCUUCCUUUCCUUCAGUCACCGCUAGAAAACUGAAAGCUCCUUCGUUUUCUAAGGGAGGGGGUACCGUACUAUACACUAUUUCGUCAUAUACAGUGCAAUCAAUCUCUUUACCUUGGUGCAAUCUAUACCUUCGCUUUCUUUGAGGGGAUCCUUCGAGAAAUGUAUGAAUCUUUGCCUUGGUGUGACAGGUUCAGUAUAGCUGCAGUGUUUGCUUAUCAGUAUUAGUGUGCUGCUCAGUAAUACCAAAUCGGGUGAUGCUUAGUGGGAUGGCCUCUGUAUUGGCGCCACGCAAGCUUACUCCUAUGCUUAGGUCGUCUAGGUUAGGUGUAUUUAAUUUAUUACUUAGUUUUUCACUAAUGUUUUCAUUCCUGUACUUCCUUCUGUUGUCAAUGAAUACUCGUCCAUUGUUUUCUUUAGUUAUCAUCUAAUCCCAUUUUUUCAAGAUGGUGAAACUAUUUUUUGUAUUUUUUUUUUUUUCGCUAUUUCCUCCGUUAUUGAAAUUUCGUUCUGGACUUCCUUGCUAUUGACAGGUAAGACUUAAUUUUUCCUGUCCUAUCUAUAUGUAGAUGUAGCCAGUAACACCCGACAUAUAUUAAAUCUAGCUGCCUUCCAUGUGUUGCAUUAAUUCCUCCAGUAAAGGUUGUGGUCAGUUUUUAGUUCAUCCGCUGAUAGUUACAUGAAGUUGUGUAUUCUCGGAUGUCUGUAUUUUCGUCUAUCUUAUUCUCAUGAUAUCCUCCUCUAUUGAUCUUCAUUAUCCUUAUAAAGUGAUAUAACUCGUAUCAUUUACUCAGCCCCUGAUUAUUGAGAUAUCAUUCCUUAUUCUCUCUGAUUAUUUUACAUAGUCUUCUUUGUAUACGUGUUUAUUAGAAUUUAUUUUUAUUACUUGUGUUUAUGCAUCAGUGUACACUUCCUCACAGCCGCAACGCCCACGCCCGGGAACACCUCACCCAACCCAGUGCUGCAGGCGGGCGGGCGUGAUGGUCUUAUAUGAUGUAAAUAUUUAUUAAAGAUUAUAUCAAACUCA